GUCGCCAGCGCGGAGCACGGCUACGGCGCCCAGGUCGCCAGCUUUGACCGACCAGGUCGCCAGCGUGGAGCACGRCUAUGSCGCCCAGGUCGCCAGCGUGGAGCACGGCUAUGGCGCCCAGAUCGCCAGCGUGGAGCACGGCUAUGGCGCCCAGGUCGCCAGCGUGGAGCACGGCCAUGGCGCCCAGGUCGCCAGCGUGGAGCACAGCUAUGGCGCCUAGGUAAGUACCGCUGACACAGGUCGCUAGCGUGGAGCACGGCCCCUCUUCUUCUUCUUCUUCUUCUUCUUCUUCUUCUUCUUCUUCUUGCUGUUGUUGUGCAGGUCGCCAGCAUGGAGCACGGCUAUGGCGCCCACGUAAGUACCUCUGACACAGGUCGCCAGCGUUGAGCGCCCAG